CGCGAAUCUCCGGGGACUUUUGCAUCAGCAGCAGGAGCGUCAAGUCGUCGCUGCUGCCGCCGCCGCCGCCGCUGUCUCGUCCGUCCACAGGUGGUGGACUGCUGGUUGAGAGUCUACUAGAUUGAAGUCGCGGCCUCGUACAGUCCCAUCGUCGAUGAAGUUUGGCAAAGUGCUCCAGCAGUCGAUCGAACUGUCGUCCACCGAUUGGGAACACUCGUGGGUUAACUACAAGCAGCUCAAGCGUAUCAUCAAGGACUGUGCCCACGUGUCCAAGCAUGACAAACUCAAGAAAGAGAAACUCGAAGCGAACAAGCUUCAAAAUGGAAACAAUGACACCAUACGCCAAUCCCCCGACGAACUCAACUUCUUCCGCACCGUGCGGGCGGAAAUGGCCAAAAUUACACAGCUCUUCAUGAAGGAACAAAGCAGGUACGGCGUGUCCGUUGCCGAGAUCGACGCCGAGUUCAAACUGGUCCAAGCCGAGCUCGACACGAACCAAGCUACGAAGACGAGCAUCAUGGGGGGCUGCGUCUCUCUUUUCAAGGAAAUGCUCCUCCUCGAGAACUUUGCCUUGAUCAACUAUUGCGGUAUCUCCAAGAUCCUCAAAAAGCAUGACAAAUGGACAGGGUACAACACCCGCAGCAAGUUUGUCGAGUCGGUGCUGAAUAAGCAGCCGUUCGCGGCGUACUCGGCGCUCCUGUCCAUGAUCAACUGUGUGGAGCAAAUAUUUAUGAAAGCCACGGGCUCGACGAUUGUCCAGCACGACACGACCGCCGACAGCUCCCGGACGGGGGACCGCGCCGUCGAGGUGCAGUGCGGGUACUCGAUGCUGCAGCUCAAUGCCGACAACGCCAAGCAGACCACGCCCGCCGCCGCCGCUACAUUAUCAUGUCCAGCAGAUCCAACCGACAUGCCACUCAAGCGACCAGUUAGCCUUCACGACCUAUCCCUGCUGCGGGACGAAGGCUUUCGAUUCAAACGCACAGAGGAAGAGACUCUGUCCCCCGUCAACUCGUGCCCGUCCGACGACGGCUACGAUGCCGCGUACGAUGCAUGUGAAGAGGACGCGCUGCCGCCGCCGCGUCGUCGAAGCAAGCGACCCAGGGAAACCGAUCCGAACGUGCCAGUGACGGCAGCAGCAGGCAGGAAGAAGAUGCAUGUAUCCACGAUAUUGAAUUGAAACCCCUUGUGUUGCUUGGCAAUGAACCAAUACACAUAUGUACACGACCAUCGAUAUAUCGAUUUCAAAAGAAGUAAAGCAGCGGGUAGUUAGUAUGGACGAGUAGUUAGUAGUUGUUACGCAUAGAAUCGGCCAACGAGAAAGAACAGCACCGCGCACACCAGCACGUGAAAGAACGUGAUGGGCUACACAUACAGCCCAUGCAAAGCAGCAUAUAUCAUCAUAUCUCGAUGGAUGGACGGACAUACCU